AUGACGUCAGGAGCCAUGACUAUAGCAGCACAAGCAGACAAACUUAUAAGAGUAGCUGUGACACAGGAGCGUCAGAUGACUCUUGAGUGGGAGAGAGUCAGAAGCUUUGAUAAGGAUGUUGCAAAUAUGUUUUUGAAUAUGGUUAAGGAGCAUAAAAAAGCAAAGGUUGUGAGAGUGGACUUGAAAGAAAAAGCAAAGCCUCGACCUCCAGCACUUAAUACUGUAGAGUUGAUGCGUGUUGCCAGUUCUGGUCUUGGAAUGGGUCCUCACCAUGCCAUGACAAUUGCUGAGAGAUUGUACACCCAAGGUUAUAUUUCAUAUCCAAGAACAGAGACAACACAUUAUCCAGAAAACUUUGAUCUUAAAGGAGCUUUAAGAAUUCAAGAUAAUCAUAGCGCUGGGUCACAUUGUGCGAGAUAUUUUGAAAGAAGGAAUCCAAACGACCCAAGAAGGGUCACGAUGCAGGUGAUCACCCUCCCAUUACUCCUAUGCGGUGUGCUGACAAAAAGCCAGCUAGAUCACGAUUCAUGGCGACUUUAUGAGUACAUUACAAAACAUUUCAUUGGUACACUCAUGCCAGAUUGUAUAUACAUGAGCACAACAAUUAUCAUCACAAUUGCUUCAGAAAAUUUUACUAUAAGUGGGAAAGCAGUUGAUUGAUCCUGGCUUCACAAAGGUUAUGGAUUGGCUGGCUUUACAAGAUGAAGAAGAGCCU